AUGGCAGAGGGAAAGAAGGAUGCCGUGGUGCCGUUUUACUAUAGCCAUGUGUGGAAGAAUGUGCUUCUACUGGCUCUGAGCGCUGUUUGCGCGCCUGUGUCGGCAGCGCUGGUGUUGCUUGGUCUUGCAGUGUCGCGACUCCAUGGGCAGCACAACGCAACCUUUUCGACCGAGGAUAAGCAGCAUGUGGCGGCGGCACGAAGACGGAAAACUAUCCUCGUCACUGGAGUGUCCAUGACCAAAGGUCUGACGAUUGCGCGCAAUCUGUCGCAGCAUACACCGCAUCGCAUCGUUGGCGCCGACAUCUCUUCUUUAUCGCCAGGUCGCUUCUCCAGCGCUAUUGCGAAGUACUACUGUCUGGACACACCGAGUGGCGACGAUGCAGAGCCAUAUAUUGACUCCAUUCUCUCGAUCAUCCAACGCGAGAAAGUGGACCUAUGGAUCAGUUGCUCCAGCGUUGUCGCAGCCGUAGAAGAUGGCCAAGUCGUCCGCCUAGCAGAGAAGCAAGCAAGAGAACAAGGCCGCCAUUUCGAAGCCAUCCAGUUCCGGGAAGACGUUGUCGAAAAGUUCCAUGAAAAGGACAAGUUCAUCGACUACAUCGAGUCGCUUGGUCUCCCAAUCCCGGAAUCGCACCGCUGCACCAACCCACAUGAAGCGCUCGAUGUGCUCAUGGGUGAGCUGCACAGAACGCCAACGAAAUCAGGAAGAACGGUACCAAGACGACAGUUCAUCAUGAAACCCAUCGGUGUGGACGACAAGGCCAGGAACAACAUGAUGACGCUGCUGCCAUUCAAUAGCCCAGACGCCACAGCCCAAUACAUCCACUCGCUCAACAUCACCAAAGAGAACCCGUUCCAGCUCCAGCAAUUCAUCAAAGGAAGCGAAUACUGUACGCACGCCCUCGUCAUCCGUGGAAAAGUAAAAGCCUUCACCAGCUGUCCCAGCCUAGAACUCCUCAUGCACUACGAGCCGCUGCCUGCCUCGUCGCCCCUCAGCAAGAAGAUGCUUGGCUUUACCGAGCGCGUGUGCAAGGACGGCGGCGAAAGCUUCACCGGCCACCUAAGCUUCGACUUCCUAGUCGAGAACGACGAUAAAGGCGCAGCCGCCAAGUUCUACCCUAUUGAAUCCAACCCGCGCGCCCACACGGCCGUCGUGCUCUUUGAGCAAACUCCCGAAAUGGCAGAAGCUUACCUCUCCAUUUUCAACAGCCCUAACCCCUUGUCAUCGAAACACAAGAUUGGUCCUGUUUUCCCUCGCUCCCCGACAUACAGCUACUACUGGAUCGGCCAUGACUUGGUGUCUUUUGUUGUCCUGCCGCUUCUUGAUUUACUUUUCGGCGUCGCGACCUUCCAGGCUGCUUUUAAUGACUUGGCGACAUUUUGGAGUCAUGUUGUCGGUUGGAAGGAUGGGACGUAUUUGUUCGAAGACCCUCUGCCCCUUUUCGUUUUGUAUCAUAUCUAUUGGCCUGCGAAGUUUCUGGAGGCGUUGAGGACAGGGAAGGCGUGGAGUCGGAUUAACGUUAGUACUACGAAGAUGUUUGAGGGAUGA